AUGCUGCCACUCCUUGAUCUGAUACUUCUGGCCAUUUUUCUGACGUUUGUGGCCAGUGUUGGAGCUAACACUAACGAGGCAGAAGCGAAAACGCUCAUUAACGAAUACAAUACAGAGAUGGCAAAAGCAUUAAAUGAGCUGGCAUUAAAAGCUUGGGAAUCGCAAAUCAACGUUGAGGAGGAAAGCAAGUACAAAGAUCUGAUAAAGCAGGAUAUAAAAGUCGCCAAGUUUAAGAGAGAAAUGCGUGAUCGUGCUUUGACGUUUGAUGCGUCCGCCAUGGGCCCGGAUAUUCAGAGACAACUUGCUAAACUCAAGGACAUCGGAGUUGCAGCCCAGACAAACGAGACAGCCGUUCAAGAAAAAAAUGACUGGGGGAGCGACAUGGAUUCACUUCGUAAAUGCAAAGACAAAGGAGCGGUAGGACGCCAGGUUGGAGAAAUAAUGAAGAAACAUUUCACUGAUUACGUGAAGCUUAGCAAUGACGCAAUAAAGCUUUCGGGACACAAUGAUCUUGGAGCAUACUGGCGUUCUCAGUAUGGAAUCUCCAAUCUUGAAGAGGAAGCGAAGAGACUCUACAAAGAGAUACUUCCCUUAUACAGACAGCUACAUACCUACGUGAGGACCAGAUUGAUAGAGUUCUGGGGAAGUUCCAAUUUUCCUCAUUCAGGUCAAAUCCCGGAAUCUAUUCUUG